AAGGCGUACUAUUUAUUGUUGCCAAUAACAUUUACGAACCGACACCGGUGAAGCUAUAAAGUGAGAAUCGAUCAAAGCUUUAUCGCACACUAGGUGAAACAAGAGGCAUUUGAUUCAACAUGAGUGCAAGCGCUCGGUGUCGAUGGAGUCUCUGAACGCAGUGGAGCUCCGUGAACUGGGGAAUGGGAGCAGGCGAGAUCCUCAUCAGGCCUCGUCAGGACCACGGACAGCGGCCACCGGCAUCGAAAACGCCUCGUUCGAAGAUGAGGAAACGGGAACGAGAAUUCGAGUUACCUCCAGAAAAUCUGGACCCGCAUCGCUGCCUACUCAUAGGGAAGUACCGUCACCGCGUUCCGACGACGAACAUGAGCUCGAGUAUCACGACCAUUCGGUGGAUUAUGGGUUCAUAUUCGCGCUGGUGUUCCUCGUGAGCGGAAUUGUGUUAGUGGUAAUCGCCUAUAUGAUUCCCAGAGAGGCUAAAGUCAAUCCGGACCAAGUGACAGCGCGCCAAAUGGAGAAACUGGAGAUGUACUAUGCACAACUCGGUUCUCACCUCGACAAAUGCAUUAUUGCGGGACUUGGUUUGCUUACUAUGGGAGGAAUGUUGUUAUCUAUUUUGUUAAUGGUCUCUAUAUGCAAAGGUGAACUGUACCGACGGAGGACUUUCGCUAGAAGACCCAUGAAAUCGUACGGAUCUAUUAAUAUGAGAAUGAAGCAGUUGGCUGAGGGUGAAGGGCGGGAAACGCUCGUGGAAUGUGAACCGAACGCCACCGCCGACGCUGCGAACGGUAAUCGAGUUCCUUCUGGAACGCAAAACACGAAGCAGAACCGAAUUACGGUCAACUAGAACUGCAUUUCUAUGGAGUUAUACUUGUGCCACAAUUCUGCACGCACAAAAUAAUAUUUUGAGCGCACAAAAAGGUAUUUUGCACGCAGAGUGGGUAGGAGAAGAAAGCAAAAUGUAAGAAUCCUGAGCAAAUUCACAUUCAAAUAAACUUUACUCAAGCGCAAAAUUGCUUUUCGUUUGCUCAAAAUGAAUUUAUCGUUGCAAGAAGAUACAUUGCUUUACAAAACUGGGUUCAAGCGUGUGCAAAAUAACUUUUUAUGUCCUCAAAAUAUCAUCUUACAUGUGCAGAACAUUCUUUGUGUGCUCAGAAUAUCAUCUUGCACGUGCAGAAAAUGUUUUGUGCUCCUUAAAUAUCAUCUUGUGCAUGCAGACAUUUUUUUGCACUCAAAAUAUCAUUGUGCGCAUGCAAAAUAACUUUUUGAGCGCUCAAAAUAUCGUCUUGCGCAUGCAGAAAAUGUUUUUGCACACAAAAUAUCAUCGUGCAAAAGAACUUUUUGUGCACUCAAAAUUUAAUCUUGCAAGCGCAGAAAUUUAUCAGAGAUAAUUUUGCGUGUGCAGAAUUGUGGCACAUAUAUAACUCCAUACAUUUCAUUAAGGAAAUACCAGUGCUUGCAGGUAGUAAAAAGUUUUAAAGAUCAGAUUUGGAGUUGUGUGGAUUUCAGCCAAUGCUACUCUUAAAAGUUAACAACAUUUCUUUUCGCCGAUAUACACAUUUAAAAUCGACAGUCUUUAUCUUCCUGGAAAAAUGACCAAAAUAUUGAUGACAUCAUCUUGCACUUGUGGGUGUAGCCAAAUUUUGUCCAAUAAAAUGCUCGGCAUAGUGAGAAUCGACAACUGAAAAAGGUUUGAAUAUUUGGAUAAAAAAAAAUCCUGCUCAAUUAGUUGCAGAAAAUUGCCAAGAAGAAACGCUCAAAAAAUAUUUCAGUCGGUUUUUAGGUAUGACACAUUUCCAUCAAACUGAAUUGAGUAAUCUUGAACAAAAUGUACAUAUAAUGAAUGAAGCAUAAUGUUAAAGGUGUUGUAAGCAAUUUUUUCUUGGAAAGUUAUGUAAAAAAAUGUUCCUACUCCCUGAGAGAUAUUAAUGAAAUAAGUGUCCUGAGAUAUCUCACUGGUCUCUGUGACAACUCUAGAGUCUGUAAACAACAAACAAAAAUGUGUCCGCGGGCCGCAGUCUCUGAUGCUUUCGACCUGUCAAACAUUUUGCUCGUUCUCACAGUAUUGGAGUUGCAGCGAAUUAUUGAGUCUUACUGCCAUUUUUAUGCCAUGUUGCUCAUAACAAUUGUCAGCUGAGGGCGCUAUUUUGCAGCUGUUGUUUUUAACAACUGUUUCUGCAUAAUGUUAGCCUCAAUAAAGCUCAUUUGGUAUCUUUGGAGUGCCGGGUUUUGGGAAGAGGGGGCGUGGCUAAUUCAACGGCUCAAUCUGGUGGAAGUACAAUGACUAAAAUCGCUUACAGCACCUUAAAGUAAAUAAACUGAAAUACUUCAAAUUCAUGCUUAAUUUACAAAAAUGCAGAAUAUUUAAUCUAUUAUUCAAUUCAGUUUGAUGGAAAUUUGUCAUACAGUUAAAAUGCAUACAUCUUAAAAAUAGACCGAUGCCACAUCCACACUAAUAUAUUUCCAUUCGAAAACUCAGUUUUCAGUUUACUAAGGUCAUUGUUUUUGAAACACUCCGUUUUUCUGUGGAGCAAAAUGCAUUAAAACGUAUUAGUGUGGAUGUGGCCUGAAAUUGUUUUUUAAGUACAAAUAGAGUAUUUUAAGAAUGUCAGUACAGUGCUGCCUUGCAAGUACUAAUCAUCAAGCUGUAGGAAAAUGUGCGAAACACAAAAUGUGAUAGUUGGUGCUGAAAGAGAAUUUAAACAUUCAAAAAGACAAUUGAAAGCAGGCCUUUGUAUGAAAGCACAAUGGCCAAUGGUCAUAAAGGCAUAUUAUAACUCAACAUGCUGCAAAAUAAACCGCCAUCAGCUACUUUACAUAACUUGAACUAAAUGUCUUUAUAAUCUAUAACAUCACUUAAAGGCACUAUGAGUGUAAUAUAUACAAGCAAGCAGUUAUUAUCCAAGGAUGCAAUAUGCCUUAAAACGUUACUAAUUUUCUCUGUAUACCGUGAACACAUUUAGGCUUGUUUGUAUUUGUAUGCUAUUAGUGUUUUGCAUAGGACUUUAAUGUUUAUGUGGUCAUACACUUGUCAGACACUCACUUUCAUCACCUCGUACUGCUGGAGUAGAGGACAAUGUCUAUUGCAACCAAGGAACAGACAUAUGAAUGCUUAACAUUUUAAACAAAAUAUCUAUUUUACAAUAUCUGCCAUAUAUGGUAAUUUAGUAGAUUUGUGCUGAAUAAUAACAAAAAUGUGAACUUUUACUGUAAUGGUGCAAAUUGCCUAGAUUUCAGUAGAAAAUAUAUAUUGCCAUAUCAAUGUUCAGGUUAAAAAAGAUCUUUGGUGGUUGUUUUCUCAAUGGACAACUGACAAAACAGCUAUACUUUAUGCUUUAAUAAUAUGCUGCUCACCCCUUUAAAGACAAAGUUAUUGUAACAUAAGCAGAGGACAUCACGACCAUAUUUGACAUUCAUGUGUACUUGAUUAUAAAGCUGUCUGCACCUAUAGCUUCAUUUUCCAGCUGAGGUAGUAAUUUUUUAAAGAAUACUGUUAAAAAUACAGCAAGAUUGUAAUCAAACAAAGCAUAAACCUAAGAAUGGCAGACGUGUUACCCAUCUUAAAUGUAAAGAUUUACCUGUAAUGUUAUAUUUACGGAUAUGUGGUAUAUAUAGAAAAUGUGUACACUCAUAGAAUAUUUCUCUGUGCAGCACAGCUUUAUACGAGCAAUUGGCUAAACUAAUACAUAUGUUAACUAAUAGAGUAUAAAGCCAAAAAAUGAUCAAAAGCAUUUUCAAAAGUGCACUUGAUUUACUUCAUGGAACAUUAUUUCACUAAUCAGUUAACAAUAAUUUGUAUUUCAGGUCAAUGUAGAAUUAAGGUGGUUAUGAAUUCUUGUUUUUUUUUGUUUUUUUUGUGUGUGUGUGUGAACAUUUAAAAUAACUUUAUAAUUAAGCUCAAUUGACAGCAUUUGUGCUGUGAUGUUGAUUACCACAAAAUAUAUUUUUGACUUGUCCAUCCUUUUCUUAUUGUUUUUUAUUUUUAUUUUUUUUUUUUUUAAAUCGAAGUUUCAGUGAGGCACUUACAAUGGAAGUGAAUGGGGCCAAUUUUUGGAGGGUUUAAAGACAGAAAUGUGAAGCUUUUAAUUUUAUAAAAGCACUUGUAUUAAUUAUUCUGUUAAAACUCGUGUAUUAUUUGAGCUGUUAAGAUGUUGUGGUCAUUUUUGUGGUCGUUUUAGUAUUUUAGGGUUUACAGCAUUUCGUCACCAUGGCGACGAAGUAGUAAAAUUUGAUAUAACUGUACACAGCAAAGAUUAGUAAGCAAUUGUAUCACUCUAAAAUAAUAUUAACACACAUAUUGUUUAUGUCUUGUGGCUAUAAUUUUGAAACAGUGAUUAUUUGAAUGUUUACGGAUUGGCCCCAUUCACUUCCAUUGUAAGUGCCUCAGUGUAACCCAGAUUAUUGCUUUUUUUAAAGAAUAGGAGGGACGAGUCUAAAUUAAUUUUUGUGGUAAUCAACAUUAUGCCACAAAUGCUGUCGAUUGAGCUUAAACUUGAACUUGUAUUAAGCCCGUACCAUUCCUUGAAACAAACAAGACAGGGUAAAAUUUUGAGAAAAGAAAAAACAAUGAUAGACUUUGACAAAUAUUUGUCACUGUUACACUGAAAUGUAAAGCAGUUGGCAUCCAGUGGUUAAUGUGAGCACAUAGUAUCCAAGGCAGAUCACUCCAAUAGCAUUAUGAAUAAAAUAUCAAUGGUUAAAUCAUUGUUUAUUUACUUUCUAGGAAAAGUAAAUGACAUUCCAGGUUUUAAAUAUGAAUCUUUACAUAAUACAUUUACUAUGACAAUGAAAGUCUAAUCAUUGUUUGAAGUUUACUAUAUAUAUUGUCCUUUUGAAAAAUUUGGUGGUGUAUAAAGUGUGAUGCCUCUAACAUGGAUUUUAAAACUCUGUUUAGAAUAUUAUGUCAAAACCGACAUUCAUGUGCUGCUUGAUGCAUCACUACUUUGUGCUGUUUAAAUGCUGAUGAAAGUAUAAUGGAUUUGCUGUACUAUGUUUUGAUAUCCAAUAAUUUUUUUUCAUUGCAUCACAAAAUUAUAGUCAAUAUAUGUCAUUUAUAAACUUUAAGAUGUUGGUUGGUUAUAGUGUGAUGUGAAAAGAUACCUGGAGAGCGGAAAAUGGUAAAUUGCUUUUAUGUCUUAAAUUAAAAUAUAGUCUUGUAAGCACAGAGGCAUUAGUAUUGAGCACGCUAAGCAUUUAUCUGGCCAUUACACCAAGUCUGUUGUACACAAACCUACUGUUGGUCUUUUAACACAAUCGCGUUGCUCAUGCACAAGCCACUAUAUGAAUGUUUUUCACUCAAAGUUGAAGUGGCAUUAUGAAGUGUUUUACUGUCUCAACAGCUAUAACCCCAAGGGUCAAUUUAUAGAUGGGUGUUUUAAACUGAACAUGAAAGAGAAAGUCACAUUGGCUAUGUUGGGAAUGGAAUACUAGCAUACUGCAUGGUAUAUACUAUAUACUUUGCUUACUUUAAAAUAAACAAAUAUGUGAAACUGUAUGCAACGAUAAAUGGUUCAACCAAUUCUAUGGUACAUUGUUGUCAUAUGUCCUCAGCAUGUUUAAUUCAGUAAGUUAUUAUCUUUAAAUAUAGUUUUUCAAAUAAUGAAUAACAAAAGUGAUGUUAAAAAUCACGGAGGGACACAGUGGCAUUCCGCGCAGUGUGUUUUGUUGUAAAUGCACAUUUAGGCAAAAGUACUGUCAUUUUUGCAUUCUAAGCACAGUAUAUAUACUACCUACUGCAGAAACAGUAAGAGUAGUAUGCCAUUCCAAUCAUAGCCAGAGAACAAACUAUAAUACAUCCGGGCCCUGAAAUUCCAAAUGAGCACAAUUAUGAAGCUUGUCCUUGUUUGGGAUAAUCAGAUGCAGCUGCUCUUCUUUUCUUACCAAAUUAACAUAAUUAUAAACUCUGUGAAGAUUAACAAUGGCAGCAAGCUAAAUAAUUCCUAGAGAGCUCAUACUGCAGAGGUUAAACAGUGUGCACAGUACUUGUGUGGGCCAUACUGACUGUUAUUUCUUUUUUUAAAUUGAGUGCAGUACCAUGGUACUUUUGGGUCAGUCACUCUUUUUCUCUGCCUUUGAAUCUAGAAAGCAGGGGUAUUUGAAUUAGCAUGUGUACAAGGUGAGUUGUGCAUUUCAAGGCUGUACGUUUUCCUAUAUGUUAAAAGCAAAUGUUUCAUCUUUUUUAUACUGUUACCAUGCGUGAAAUAAACCUAUUUGUUGCU